GUUGUCGUCGGGCUCUGGGCGGGGACACGAGCCAGGGCGGAAGCGAGGGAGUCGCCGGCCGAGCUGCGCGCGCUACGCGGCCAUGGGGGGCUCGGGCAGUCGCCUGUCCAAGGAGCUUCUGGCCGAAUACCAGGACCUGACAUUCCUCACCAAGCAGGAGAUUCUGCUAGCCCACCGGCGCUUCUGCGAGCUGCUGCCACCGCAGCAACGAGGAGUGGACGAGUCGCUGCAGGCCCGCGUCUCGGCAGAAGGGAUCCUGGGCCUUCCGGAGCUCAAGGCCAACCCCUUCAAGGAGCGGAUCUGCAGAGUGUUCUCGACGUCCCCAAGCAGGGACACCCUGAGCUUCGAGGACUUCCUGGACCUCCUCAGUGUGUUCAGUGACACAGCCACGCCGGACAUCAAGUCCCACUAUGCUUUCCGCAUCUUCGACUUUGAUGAUGAUGGAACCUUGAACCGGGAAGACCUGAGCCAGCUGGUCAAUUGCCUCACAGGGCAGGGGGCCGACACGCAACUCAAUGACUCAGAGAUGAAGCAGCUCAUCGACAAUAUCCUAGAAGAAUCUGAUAUCGAUCGGGACGGAACCAUCAACCUCUCGGAGUUCCAGCAUGUCAUUGCCCGUUCACCAGACUUCGCCAGCUCCUUUAAGAUCGUCCUGUGACUGGACCACAGUGUAUCCCAGGGCCUGUUGGAGACUUCCUGCUGCGCAGCUGUGGCCGAGGUUCUGCCUGUUGCCAGAGCCGGCUGAGCUGGCCCUGCCCGGAGCUAGCACUGUGCAGUCUUUCCGCGGGCAGGGGUCCGUGACUGCCCGUCCCCACCUCAAUCACUCUGUCUCUACACUGGUCACCAAUAAAGGUUUAGAGUUUGG